CUCUGUCUACAGUACACCCUGCAAUAUCCCCCCAAGAUGCUAUUGAAGUACACAUAUUCUCUCAGAACUCUGAUGGGUACAGAGAAAUGAGACAUCUUUUUAAUAUAAAUACACCAUGUUUGUCAUCUUGACACAAUUUCUAAGAAAUGAAUAGUUGACCCUAAAACUACUUUACUUUAAAGGGACAUCAUCCAAUCAGUUAGUUCUAUUAUUGAAACAUAAGAUUUAGACACCUAAGUGUUGAAUUGACAUAUUAUCUUUAGUAAAUAGAAGAUAGUCAUAUUCACUAAAAGUAUAAAAUAUAGAUAAAUUCUUAGUUAAUUUUGCAUACAAUAUUUACACAACAGAAACCAGGCUUAUUUAGGUUGGGAUCAGUGGAUCACAUUCGAGUGUAUAUAUGCUAUAAACAAAAAAGGUUUCUCUUAUCAGGUUGGAGUAGUAAAAAAGGUUACAAGGUGUUUGUGGUUGAGAAGGAAUGUUAUGGAGGUAGAUUAUUACUUAUAUUCCAAUGCCUAUUUUUUUUUUUAUAUUAUUAUUUUUUCAUAGUAUAAAGCUUACAAGCUGACUCAGAUUAAAACAUUCAGAGGCCUAAUUCGAUGGACAAAUCUUCUUUUAGCUGCAUCUGGUCCUUGCCUCUGUCACAUCUCUUUCAACACCAUUUUCAAGCCUGGAAGGAUUAAAAAAAGAAAAGCUAAAACUGUAAUCAUCAUUGAAAUGGAGAGAGUCCAAAUCACAAACUGGCCCACCAUUAACCCCAUGUUACAUUCAGUAACAAUUUAAAAGACACGCGCACACACACAAGCUCUCUCUCAUACCAUUUUGCAUUAGUUUCCUUCUCUUGUUGUUUGUUUUGAGGAAUCAUGAACCGAUUUCCAACAUGGAGAGUAAUGGCUGUGUUGUUCCUACAACUCAGUUUUUCCAUGGAGAUCUUCUGCCUCUCUUCUUCUCAUGCAGAUAGAAUUUCUCAUCUUCCUGGACAACCCCAUGUAGGCUUUCAACAGUUCUCAGGAUAUAUUACAGUGGAUGACAAGAAACACAAGGCUCUGUUUUACUAUUUUGUUGAAUCAGAAGCUGAUCCAGCCUCAAAGCCUCUUGUGCUGUGGCUCAAUGGAGGACCUGGUUGUUCUUCCCUUGGAGUAGGUGCAUUCUCAGAAAAUGGACCUUUCAGGCCAGAUGGGGAAGCUCUUGUUCAAAAUGAGUAUAGUUGGAACAAAGUGGCAAACAUGUUGUAUUUGGAGACACCAGCUGGAGUGGGGUUCUCUUAUGCUAAAGGUAGCUCCUCUUAUAUCAGAGUGAAUGAUGAAAUAACAGCCAGGGACAAUCUUGUAUUCUUGCAACGCUGGUUUGACAAAUUCCCUCAAUUCAAGCACAGAGACUUGUUUGUAACAGGUGAAAGUUAUGCAGGCCAUUAUGUUCCACAACUAGCAAAGCUCAUGACUGAGAUCAACAAAAAGGAGAAGAUAUUCAAUCUGAAAGGCAUAGCUUUGGGUAAUCCACUUGUAGAAUAUGCCACUGACUUCAAUUCAAGGGCUGAGUUUUUUUGGUCUCACGGAUUAAUAUCAGAUUCAACUUAUGAAAUGUUCACCACAGAUUGUAACUAUUCUCGGUAUGUCAGUGAAUACUAUAGAGAUUCAGUUUCCCCCAUUUGUUCAAAGGUUAUGAGCCAAGUAAGCAAAGAAACAAGCAAAUUUGUGGACAAAUAUGAUGUCACCCUUGAUGUUUGCAUCUCCUCAGUCCUUUCACAGUCCAAAGUUAUUUGCCCGCAAACCCAAAAAGAAAAUGAGAGCAUUGAUGUGUGCGUAGAUGACAAAGUUACAAAUUAUUUGAACAGAAGAGAUGUGCAGCAGGUGCUCCAUGCCAAGCUUAUUGGAGUUCGCAAGUGGGAUGUCUGCAGCAACAUCCUUGACUAUGAUAUGCUCAACCUGGAAGUUCCUACACUCCCUGUUGUUGGAGCACUCCUAAAAGCUGGAGUUAGGAUCUUAAUUUACAGCGGUGAUCAAGAUUCAGUGAUUCCACUGACCGGAAGCCGCACCUUGGUUCAAAAGCUGUCAAAACAAUUCGGACUGAAUACAACAGUCCCUUACAGAGUAUGGUUUGAAGGUCAACAGGUUGGUGGAUGGACUCAAGUUUAUGGCAACAUUCUGUCAUUUGCAACCAUCAGAGGGGCCUCCCAUGAAGCUCCUUUCUCACAGCCUGAAAGAUCACUUGUUUUAUUUAAGUCAUUCUUGGAAGACAAGCCUCUACCUGAAAUUUUCUGACCACCAACUCUAGUGUUUUCACUUAGAGAUUGUAAGUAGUAUCCCUAAUAUUUGGACAAUAUAAUUAGUAAAGGAAUGUAGUAACUGUGCAGAAUGUCAAAGAAAAGUCGGAUUUUUUUUUUCUCCUUUCUUUUAGGGUGUAUUUGUGAGUUUUGAUUAGUGGUUUAAAAUGUAAAGUUAAUUCAUUUUACAUCUUUAGCCCUUCCAUUCCUUCCAAAAUCAACACUCACAAACAUACCCUUUGUCUUUGUGGGCUUUAUUGUUUAUUGAACUGUUAGAUGUAAUGCAUCUUUGGUCAAAAGAAAUUCAGUACCGAUUUAUAA